UCUCUCUCUCUCUCUCUCUCUCUCUCUCUCUCUCUCUCUCUCUCUCUCUCUCUCUCCAUUCCACCCCACACUUUGAGGUUCAAACAAAACUAUUCUUUUGGCCACCCUUUUGAUCUCACCCCAACUUCCAUUCCCUGUUCGAGUAUGAACAAACAUUUCUUGACCUUCACACAAUCACUGUAGUUUCUAGCUAGAUUGCAUUUUACUUGGAAAUUAAAAGAUAAUAAUAUAUAAUAAUUAUUAUUAUUAGUUGGUCAUCAUCAUCAUCAUCAUCAUCAUGGCAUCAUCCUCAGAACUAAGCCUGGACUGCAAACCACAACAUAGCUACUCUAUGCUCCUAAAAUCCUUCGGAGACCAACAACAAACCACGACCACUGAUCAUCAUCAAACCUCCCAAAAGCUCGAAGAAUUCCUCGCUCGUCUCGAAGAAGAACGCCUCAAGAUCGAUGCUUUUAAACGCGAGCUUCCCCUAUGCAUGCAACUCCUCACCAAUGCUAUGGAGGCUUCGAGGCAGCAAUUGCAAUCUUAUAGGGCGAAUAAUGAAGGGGGGACGACGAGGCCGGUUCUUGAAGAAUUCAUUCCACUCAAGAAUUCUUCAUCAAGUUGUGAUAAUAAUAGAGGAGCAGAAAAGAUGGCAGCGGCGAACAUGGCGUCAGACAAGGCGAAUUGGAUGACGUCAGCACAGCUAUGGAGUGAUCAAGGAAAUGAAUUGGGUGCAGGUGGGAAGAAGCAACAGCCCAGUAGUAUUGGUGUCAUAACUUCUUCUCCAAAAGAAAAUGAAAUAAUAGGGUUUUCAAUGAGCCCAAAAGUAGGAAACCUAAUUGAGAAGAGAAAUAAUAAUAAUAAUAAUUUUCUUCCAUUUUCCAAAGACAGAAGCUCUCCUGCCCCAACCCUAGCCCUAGCUUCUUCAUGUGAAGACAACAUAGAAGCAGACAAAAAGAAUAAUAAUGUUUCAGAAAUUAUUAUUGUGAAUCCUCCUCCUAGUAAUAAGGCCAACAAUCAUAGCGGCGGGGAUGCAAGUAGUAUGAGUCAAGCAGAUGGUCAAACCACCAGUGCCACGGCGGCGGCCACUCAGCCUCAGAGGAAAGCUAGAAGAUGUUGGUCCCCUGAUCUGCACAGACGUUUCGUUAAUGCUCUUCAGAUGCUUGGUGGAUCUCAAGUUGCCACCCCAAAGCAAAUCAGGGAACUCAUGAAGGUUGAUGGAUUGACCAAUGAUGAAGUUAAAAGCCAUCUCCAGAAAUACAGACUUCACACCAGGAGACCAGUUCCGAGUCCACAAACAGCCGCCGCCGGAGCACCACAGCUCGUGGUAUUAGGCGGCAUAUGGGUUCCACCGGAGUACGCAACCGCCGCCGCCACCCACGGCGGCGCCCCAGCCGCCGUCGCCGCCGCUACCCUUUACGGUGCACACCCAUCCGUCCACGCCCACGCCGCAUCUCAACAGCACUUCUGCGCCACCGCCGCCCCGCAAGUGGCCCAUCACGAAUUCUACGCGCCGCCGCCGCCGCCGCUCCACCAGUUGCACCAGCCCCUCCUCCACCACCACCACCACCAGCUCCACAUGUACAAGCCACCCUCCCACGCACAUACCCACAGCUCCCCCGUGUCCGGUGACCGGUCAGAGAGCAUCGAAGACGGCAAGUCGUCGGCGAGCGGCGGCAGCUGGAAAGGCGAUAGCGGUAGCGAAAACGGCGGCGGGGAGAGGAAAGUUUUGGUUUUAAGGGAGGAAGGUGAAGUGGGGAAUAAUGGAACUGAGAUUAGUCUCAAGUUCUAAAUUAAUUAUAAUUUUUCUUUGAUUAUUAUUGUUAGUGUACUUUAGUAGCAUUAAUUCUUGGAUUUAGAUUUAGGAGUAGGGUAAGUAUAGCUCGGAAAUUAAUUACAAUGUUUAAAAAGGCCAUUAAUUAAUUAUGAUUUGUUUUGGAGUUA